AUGAGGAACCCCAGCCCUAACGCAAGUGGGCUUGCUUUCUUGGUAUUAUUGGCGACAACAGCAUUGUGGUGGCUCCCAUCUGCGAGUUCCAUAUACCACAACGUUGGAGGAAGCCAUGGCUGGAGCCUUCCCCCCAACCAAACCUUCUUCCAAGACUGGGCCAAGCCUAGGGUUUUUGGCGUCGAAGACAGUCUCCUUUUCCCAUUUAGGAGUGCCGUUUACAACGUGGUAGAGGUUGAAAAAGAAUCGUUUGAUGGAUGCAAAAAUGACAAAGUGAUCGCCAUGUACACCAGAGGACCCCUUAUCCUCAACUUCACGCAGCCUGGUGACCAUUACUACUAUUCUGGCAUCGGUAUCCAAUGUGAGCUUGGCAUGAAGCUACACAUCACCGUUGUUGCCGGCAAGGGAAACUCUGGCCGGAGUAGGAAUCUUCUUUCUGAUCAUGACCAUGACGACGUUGAGAUGCAGUUGUAA